UCGUUAUAGUGGUAAUUCUGACAAAUUACAGUAUUUUUCCUGGUUCAAACAGCAAAAUAAGAAUCUUGCAACACUUAAUUGGAUAAAAUAAGAUAAUUAGAUUAGGAAAAUAGAGGAAAGCAUUCGAAGUGUACAGACUACAGAUAGAGAUAUACGCAUUCGCAGAUGAUAUCUACAGAUUCGCAGCCGCGAAUCUUUCAUUACACUGCUCUUUGAAGUGUUUUCCAAUCAACACGAAUUUUUACUUUAGAGCGACCUCUGUGUGUGUGUGUGUGUGUGUGUGUGUGUGUGUGUGGGGUUGUGUACAGAUAGACGCAGAGACUUUUUGAGAGAGACAAAGCAAGAGGCAGACAGGUUCAGAGCACCUUUUAAUUCUUUGAAUUUGGCUUGAGAUUCAGAGACAGAGAGAGACAGAGAGAGAGAGAGAGAAUUGCUUGAUUGUUAGGUCAUGGAGUCAAGGGCACAGCCAAGGUUUGCAUUGGGAAGGCAAUCAUCACUAGCUCCAGAGCGGGACGAGAAUUCGAGCGGUGUUGUUGAUGAAGAAGUGGAAAUCUCAGAAGGAAUUGAUCCUGGAGUGAGACUCAUGUAUCUAGCUAAUGAAGGGGAUUUGGAGGGUAUCACAGAACGUUUAGACUCUGGAACUAAUGUCAAUUUCAAGGACAUUGAUGGCAGGACUGCUCUUCAUGUUGCUUCUUGUCAGGGCCUCCCCGAUGUCGUUCAAUUGCUGCUCCGGCGAGGCGCCAAGGUCGAUGUGGAGGACCGGUGGGGCAGCACGCCUCUUGCAGAUGCAAUAUUUUACAAAAAUCAUGAUGUGAUCAAGCUUUUGGAGGAACAUGGAGCAAAAUCUCCGAUGGCUCCAAUGCAUGUCCAAAAUGUCCGCGAAGUUCCAGAAUAUGAAAUAAAUCCCAGUGAGCUUGAUUUGACUAACAGUGUGAACAUAACAAAGGGAACUUUUCGCAUGGCUUCCUGGCGAGGAAUCCGGGUUGCUGUUAAAUUGCUUGGUGAGGAAUUAUUCACAGAUGAGGAUAAAGUAAAGGCUUUUAGGGAUGAGCUUGCAUUACUUCAGAAGAUACGACACCCAAAUGUUGUCCAAUUUCUCGGUGCUGUAACACAAAGUAGUCCAAUGAUGAUUGUCACUGAAUAUCUUCCCAAGGGAGAUCUUCGUGCAUACUUGAAACGAAAAGGUGCCUUAAAGCCAAUAACAGCUGUGAAGUAUGCACUUGAUAUUGCAAGAGGAAUGAAUUACUUGCAUGAACAUAAACCUGAAGUGAUUAUCCAUCGAGAUCUGGAACCUUCAAAUAUAUUGCGGGAUGAUUCUGGGCAUCUAAAAGUCGCAGACUUUGGAGUGAGCAAGCUGCUGAAAGUUGCAAAUACAGUUAAAGAAGACAAACCUGUGACAUGUCAAGACACCUCUUGGCGAUAUGUGGCUCCAGAGGUGUUUAGAAAUGAGGAAUAUGAUACUAAGGUGGAUGUUUUUUCAUUUGCACUAAUUUUGCAAGAGAUGAUUGAAGGCUGUGCACCAUUUUCAAUGAAGCAAGAAAUUGAAGUUCCCAAAGCAUAUGUUGCAAAUCAACGCCCUCCUUUUCGAGCUUCACCAAAGCUUUAUGCACAUGGAUUAAGAGAGUUAAUAGAAGAAUGUUGGAGUGAGAAUCCUUUCAACAGACCAACAUUUGCACAAAUAAUUGUUAGGUUGGAGGACAUCUACAACCAGCUUGUUCACAAAAGACGUUGGAAGUUACGAGCACUCAAAUGCCUUGACAAACUGGAGGCUGUGUUGAAGAUUGAUCAUUCUAAUUCAAGCAGCAGUCAUUCGUAUCACUCCACCAUUCAAUGACAAAUUAUUUAUUUCUGCAAAGCAUAUGUAUAUAUGUAUAUACAUGCAGAACAAGUUUGGGGCUGUUUUUUUCCACCAUCAACUGAGAGGGGGAUCCGGGUAGGUAGUUCAGUUGGUUGUCUUCCUUUCUACAGUUUGAGAAGUACACUUUGUAUGCACAUAUUGAGUUAUGCAUAGCUACAAAGGUGCAAUUACCAAUGAAAGCUACUUUUGGCUCUUCUUUGUGAACUAGCAGACUUUUCAGGCUCUUCGACCUGAUUACAUUUAGUUUAUUCAAAAAUUAAACUAGUGUACGGACAAUCUUAUUCCUCAUUCUAUGUUAAAGUGCGUUUCAUAAA